CGUCCCACGAAUCUCGCUGCCCCACCUCUCAGAGAGCAAGGAUUCCCCAAGUGUCCGCCCGCGUUCCAUGGCGCCACCAGUGGCUACUGGCUGGUGGCCUCGGGCUCUCCUCCGACGGCGCCUUGUGACCGCCGUCAGAAUCGACCCAGACUCAGGCUUAAUCCAAAUCCACGCCCACGCCCACGCCCACGCGCGAGGUGGGUGGGACGGGUGAAGAGACUCGAUCCGGAUGGCCAUGGCGGCCUCGCUUCUCGCCGCGCCCUAUCCUCUCCCGCCGGCAUCGUCGCGGAGAUGGAGGCCUCUCCUCGCAGCUCCAACGCCCGCCCUUCGCCUGAGGACUCCCGCUUCUCCUCCUCCUCUUCUUCCUAGGAUCCAACCGCAUCACCGCGUGUCUCGCGCUGGGGAUGCAAUGGCGAGAGCCGCAUUUGCGGUGGCGCCGGCACCAGGCGGGGAUGAGACGGCGUGGCGGGGUCAUGCUCCCGAUUGGGCCGCUCUCGUGGGGCGGCUCGUGCUGGGCGCGCUCCUGGUCCGCGCCGUGCUCGGCUGCGGCGCGGUCCUGGCGGCGGAGGACUCGAUCAGGGCGUCCGGGUUCGGGCUGCGGGUGGCGUCGUCGCUGCGGAGGCUCGGGUGGCCCGACGACGCCGUCGUGUUCACGCUCGCCACGCUGCCCGUGCUCGAGCUGCGGGGAGCCAUCCCGGCCGGGUACUGGAUGCGCCUCGACCCCAUCCGCCUCACCGUCCUAUCCGUUCUCGGGAACAUGGUACCUGUGCCAUUCAUCAUCCUCUACCUGAAAAAAGUUGCAACAUUUCUCUCGCAAAGAAGUGCUACUGCAACCCGGAUUAUGGAUCUCCUCUUUGAGCGGGCACGACGGAAGGCUGCACCUGUUGAGGAAUUCCAAUGGCUUGGGUUGAUGCUGUUUGUUGCUGUUCCAUUCCCAGGCACUGGAGCAUGGACUGGUGCCAUCAUUGCUUCUGUCCUUGGUAUGCCGUUCUGGUCAGGUUUCUCCGCAAAUUUCAUGGGAGUCGUCCUAGCAGGGUUGUUGGUAAAUCUGCUUAUGAAUCUUGGUUUAAAGUAUGCAAUUAUCACUGGAAUAGCUCUGUUCUUUGUAUCAACUGUCAUGUGGACUGUACUUCGGUCCCUCAAGAGUUCACUGAAUACAAAAUGAUGUUAUGACUGUCUACACUGAAGUGUCUCCGAUGCUCUCUUUUGGCACUUACAAAAAUUCAGCCUUGUGAUUGAUGCCAUUUCUUCUUUUUCCCACUGUCUAGGCAAUAAGCUGUCAACCUGUAGCCCUUGCAGUUCUUCAAAGAACCUCAGCACUUAUUCCUGAUGUUCCACUUAAGCUUUUGAAUUUGGCAUUUUGAAUUUGGUGAAUACAUUCAGUUUGUAACACAGUAGAGAUAGUAGAGUGACAUAAACUGCGCCUUUUUUUCUUUGGAAAAAUUGUACAGUGCACCUUUUUCUUUUGGAAAAAUGAUAUAGUGCACCUACUGGGCACGGAUUUGAUCA